UAAAGACAAGGGAGGCAGCCAAAAGGCGACGCACCAUUAGCCAAGGCCAGCAACAGCGCAAGCACGCAGCUUUGCCUCCCUUCCCUUCCCUUCCACUCCCCGCCUCCACUCCUCACUCACUGCGCGCGGCCACUCCACUGCAUGCCCCGCCUCCCCAAACCCUAGUAACUCCCAACCCUCCGAGCGGAGCGAUACCCUGGUCUGUGGUCUCGCCAGUGCCGCGCUGCACCCGGGCAUGCCGCCGCCAUUGGGUGGCGCGGUCGAGGCCCACUGAUCCGUCCGCCGGGGAGCCGCCGCCGCCGCCGCUGUUCCUCCCUCGGUGUCCACUGGGGAGGAGUGGAGAUCCCGCCGGAAGCGGAGGGAGGAACCACCUCUGCUGUCGCAAGUUCUGCGGUGCUGACAUUGGUGAAAGAUGAGGAUCAAGCUUGCCUGUUUGCUUCUCAUCUUUGUGCAAGUGCAACGAGUGGUCCUUGGAACGCAUGAUGUGUACAUUGUCACCAUGGAAGGGGAUCCGGUUGUGAGCUACCGAGGCGGCGUUGAUGGAUUUCCAGCAACUGCUGUGGAUUUGGACGAGGAAAUGGAUGUUACCAGUGAGGCUGUCACAUCGUACGCCCUCCACCUCCGAGGGCACCAUGAUAAGCUCCUAGACUCGCUUUUAGUAGAAGGAACUUACGAGAAGCUUUAUAGCUACCACCAUCUUAUCAAUGGCUUCGCAGUUCACAUGUCGUCCCUGCAGGCUGAGUUCUUGAGGAAAGCCCCAGGAGUUAAGCAUGUUGAGAGAGACAUGAAGGUACAGAAAUUGACUACACACACGCCUCAGUUUCUAGGAUUGCCAACUGGGGUGUGGCCAACAGGAGGUGGACUUGAUAGAGCUGGUGAAGAUGUUGUGAUCGGUUUCGUGGAUUCUGGAAUUUACCCUGAACAUCCAAGCUUCGCUGCGCACAAGACUGAUCCUUAUGGGCCUAUUCCUCAUUAUAAAGGGAAAUGUGAGAUGGAUCCAGUAACACAAAGAAGUUUCUGUAAUGGGAAGAUAGUUGGAGCCCAGCAUUUUGCAAAAGCUGCAAUGGCUGCUGGCGCGUUCAAUCCCGAUGUUGAAUUUGCAUCUCCAUUAGAUGGUGAUGGUCAUGGAAGUCACACAGCUGCAAUUGCUGCUGGAAACAAUGGGAUUCCGGUGCGAAUGCAUGGUCAUGAAUUUGGCAAAGCAAGUGGUAUGGCCCCACGUGCUAGGGUAGCUGUCUACAAGGUUCUUUACAGGCUUUUUGGUGGUUACGUAGCUGAUGUUGUGGCAGCUAUUGAUCAGGCUGUUCAGGAUGGUGUAGACAUUCUCAACCUUUCUGUUGGACCCAAUAGCCCACCAACAGCUACAAGGACUACUUUCUUGAACCCUUUUGACGCUGCACUUCUUUCUGCUGUGAAAGCUGGGGUAUUUGUUGCCCAAGCUGCAGGAAAUGGUGGACCAUUUCCAAAAACACUGGUGUCUUUCAGCCCAUGGAUAACCACUGUUGCUGCUGGAGUUGAUGACCGCAGAUACAAGAAUCAUUUAACACUAGGAAAUGGAAAACUUAUUUCUGGGCUUGGAGUAUCACCUGCAACACAUGGGAAUAUGUCAUUCAGCCUGAUUUCUGCAGCUGAUGCUUUACUGGGUUCAUCUUCAACCAAGUACAGUGCAUUAGACUGUCAGAGGCCAGAACUAUUGAAUAAGAGGAAAGUUCAGGGGAAAAUUCUUUUGUGUGGCUAUUCAUUCAAUUACAUUUCUGGGACAGCUUCAAUAAAGAAAGUGUCUCAGACGGCCAGGAAUCUCGGGGCAGCUGGCUUUAUUGUUGCUGUGGAGAAUAGUUACCCAGGAACAAAAUUUGACCCUGUACCAGUCAGCAUCCCUGGAAUUCUCAUCACAGAUGUCAGCAAAACAGAGGAUCUUAUAGACUACUACAAUUCUUCCACCAUAAGAGAUUGGGCUGGAAGGGCUACAGCCUUUAAAGCAACCGCAGGUAUUGCAGAUGGUUUGGCACCAACACUAUACAAUUCAGCUCCUCAGGUUGCGCUGUUCUCUUCUCGAGGACCUGAUGUUAAAGAUUUUAGUUUUCAAGACGCUGAUGUUCUUAAACCAGACAUACUUGCACCUGGCAAUCUUAUAUGGGCUGCAUGGGCACCUAAUGGAACAGAUGAAUCAAAUUAUGCUGGUGAAGGAUUUGCAAUGAUUUCUGGAACUAGCAUGGCUGCACCGCAUAUUGCUGGCAUUGCAGCACUGAUAAAACAGAAGAACCCAAAAUGGAGCCCCUCAGCAAUAAAAUCUGCCCUGAUGACAACGGCCAAUACACUGGACAAAGGGAGCCAUCCUCUUAGAGCGCAGCAGUACACUGCAUCAGAAAUGAUGACACUCUCACGGGCCACACCAUUUGAUUGUGGUAGUGGCGCAGUUAACCCAAAAGCUGCCCUUGAUCCUGGUCUUGUUCUAGAUGCAACCCAUGAAGACUACAUCACAUUUUUGUGCUCGAUCCCUGACGUCAAUCAGAGCGAAGUAUCAAACAUAGCGGGUUCAGCUUGCAACUCCAACUCCAAGGGACAACGCCCUUUUGACCUCAACAUCCCCUCAAUUGCCAUCUCUCAGCUUCGAGGCACGGUGACAGUGAAGCGGACCGUCACAAGCGUGUCUGACGAAACUGAGACCUACACCAUGAUGACAAGAAUGCCGCCAGAGGUUGCCCUGGAGGUGACGCCUCCGGCGGUGACCGUGCUCCCUGGAGCAUCAAGAGAGAUAACUGUGACCCUGACAGCUAGGUCUGUUACGGGCACCUACAGUUUCGGUGAGAUUGCCAUGAAAGGUGACCGUGGUCACCUCGUCAGAAUCCCAGUGGUAGCUAUGGGAUUCAAGUAGAUAGAAGAUGCUGUGACAGGCGCUAGAGAGUAGAGAAUAGGAGAGCGAGUUGUGGCUCUGAAAUCCGAGGCCUUGAGCUGCAGAGGAAUGCUGUAAUUUUUUCAUAGCCUGUAGAGAAUAAGAGUUAGCACAGUGCUGUACCUGUACGUGUUAUGCAUGCCCUCCAGGUUGUAAAAUAUAUAUUUGGGUGUUUAAGCCUA